GAGAAGGGGGACGACGGGUCACUUUGGCGUUAUGAGUUAAACACAGCUUCAGAUAGUUUACGAUUAAGAAAGGUUUAUGUGCAAGCGUUAGUUUAUCACGCACCUCUUCCGACUGUGCACUUACAUUGUAUUCAGAUUACACUCUGUCAGUAUGUUCGAGGUAGACCAAAGGUCCCAGGGGUAUGGUUAUACAAGCCGAGAUCCUCGAUCCUCAACUCCUGUAGUCGGUGACUUGACGGUACAUUACGCAAAGCAAAAUAGCGGUCACAAGCACUCUCACUCCGCAGAUGAACGAGCCAUUUCCCCCGACUCUCGUUAUGUACUACGAACUCAGCAACCUGUAGAUAGAGUCAUGGUGCCCUCCUCUAUGCGACACGAUGCUGAUCGCGCUCUGCAGCGGAAGCCUUCAUUUGCAUCCGAAGAUGGCAGGUACCCAAGAGGUGAGAUAGUUCACAGCGCCACUGUUGGGCGUACAACUAGUUCUCAACUUGAUAAUAGCGCGGUUCAUGUAAAUCGGGCAUCAUCUAGGCAGCAUUCCGCUGGCAUGCCAGUGGAUAAUAGACAAGAUGGCCGUGGUGUAUAUAGUAGCUCUCACUAUAAUACUGUCAUGGAAGAUUUUUUCGCCGCUUGUGCGCUUUUCCAACCACAACGCAAACGUUAUAGAAGCGGGGAGAUAAUCCUUCCCGUCAACGAUAUGGGUACGGACGUAUACUUUAUUGUACAUGGCGCAUGUGACGUAUAUGAUAGUGGUAUAAAGAUCAAGGAACUCAGAGAACGCGAGUUUUUCGGCGAGUUGGGGAUGUUUUAUAGCGUACCUAGCCCGUUUGAAUACGUGGCCGCAGGAGAUGAUUGCCAAAUCUAUCAGGUUGCUAGAGAAGAGUUAGAAUCACACGUCCAAGAUAAUCAACAUGCCGGCAUCUUAAGUAUAUUGAAAUCCAGCUGCGAAGAUCGUAAAGCAGAGCUUAUUCAACGUGCAUCACGUAUGCAUCGUGAUGAUGACCAUAUAGAUGUAAACAAUCGAGAUAGAUUUCUUUCUAGGAACGGGUCUCGGUAUGUUGAUAGUGCUCGCGAGCACAGUGUCGAGCGUGGCCGAACCGACCGCAUGGAACAGUAUCGUGAGCGUGGCCUUCGCGAGGAAGACAAUCGCAGUGAGGUGCGGGAACUACAAGAACAUGAGAGAGAUGCCUGGCGACGUCGAUCCAACGAAAGAGAUGUAAGGCGUGUAUCAUCGGCAGAGUUUCUAUACAAAGAUAGAGAGUCUCCAGGUAUGCGAGCGGACGAUUAUCGUGGAAACGCGCAGCACAGAGAAAGAAAUAGACCGCCGUUGGACUAUGACCAUCGAGAUUCUGAUCCAUGUUCUCGUACCUUAACACGCGGGCAUCCAGAGCAACUGGAAAACGCUGGCGAUGACCGAAUGUAUAGCGCUAGAAUCCCGUCGGGGAGAGAUAGUGUACCUACCUCCCCUCGAUACCGCGAAAACUACGCACGUAGCUUCUAUACACGGGACGAAGAACCCAUGCGUGCCAUUCCAAGAGACUACAUACGAGACGAUCGAGAGGGUAAAGAUUCCUCAGCAUCCGGAUCAGAUAUAUCAUGCAGAGAAACAGCAUUGCGGCGAAGAGAAAUAACUGGGCGCGGCCGACAUGAAGAUGAGCGCCUCCAUCAACAGCGUGCCCCACAUUUAAAUACCAUCCACUCAUCGCACGCCAUGGAGAGAGGAUAUGAUGAAAGCUACAACGCGCGCAUGCGCUCCCCUGCUGGGCCCGCGGAUCGCAUUGAGAAUAACUAUCGCCAUCCCAGUAUGGAAAGCUCCCGGUCUGAUGGUAGAUUUGCACACGAUUCUCCGCAAAGUGUACAGGGCGGUAGAACCAGAUACAACUCGAUGAGCGGGGCACCCCAGCAAUCAUUGCGAGUGUCUCCGUAUGCCAGGGCAUUGAACCAUAUCCAACCAAGUGGUCCGAGAAAAGGCGGGAUGAGCAUGAGCAUGGAAUUGGAUAACGAGACACGGAUCGCACAGAAUCGUCUGAGAUACGCCGAUUCUAUCCAAGCGGAAUUGUUGGAUUUAUAAACAGACCCGACGUUACUUCUUUAUGGAAAAUGAGAUAAUAUGCACUCCGAAGAAUGCCCCUUUUUCUAUUCUGCUGCUCAAGUCUAGCAGCUGCGUCCUCGCAUAGGUACCAUCACCACAGCUUGCUUCGAAUAAACUAUGC